CUGGGGAUCUGGGGAACAGUGGAUUAAGGGAUUGCGGGAUUUCCGGAUUCCAUAACCUACAGCUAGUUCUACGUGAUACUAUGUGUCCGGUUUACGUGCGAAACCUGUCAAACACAAACACAAAAGGGAUCCCUUUUAAUAAUUUGUGUAAUAAGAGACUUCAACAUCUCCUCGUCUGAGACUUUAUCGUACGUUGGACUGAUCGUUUUUACUGCUCCUCUCCUUUACCCCUUAUUCUCCUCCGACCCAACCAAUUCUUUGCGUAGGUAGUUACGACGAUAGUAUUGGAGAAGAAUGGACCACCACCUCCAAGUCACAGACUCCCGCACGGGAAAGUCUUACAAGAUCCCAAUCCAAGGGAAUUACAUACGCGCUGCCGAUAUUGGUCGCAUUGGUGCCCCAGAGGACAAGGAGGAUAUAGCUUCUUUGAAAGCUGCUCGUCCACUACAAAUUCUUGAUAAUGGCUUCCAACACACUGCAUGCAUGGAAUCAAGCAUCACACAUAUCGAUGGCCUACGCGGCACAAUACGAUACAGAGAAUUUCCCAUCGAGAGCGUAUUCCACCAAUACGUCUACGAAGACGUGAUGCACCUCAUAAUCUGGGGCAGCAUACCCACGCAGCAGCAAAAAGAUCACGUCCGUGAAGUGAUGGGUCAAGCAAUGAACCCACCUCAAAGCGUGAAAGACGUAAUCUCGUCAUUCCCUCGAGACGCCGAAACCUUCCCCAUGAUCCUAGCCGGCAUGAGCGCAUUCGCAUCCACCGACAGCGUAAUCUGCAAAACGCGGCACCAGCAAAGCGCCAUGUUCCACGGGCACCUCGACACAGCAGACGAAGCGCUCGCGCGCACAAUCGCCUACCUCGCAACCACCAUCUCGCUAAUCUACUGCCACAAAAACAACCAACCCUGGACUCCGCCCUCAGUCUCCCGUUCCCUCCUCGGCAACCUCCUGCACAUGAUGGGAAUAACAGACCCGCGCGUCGAAUCCUGUUUGGCCAAACUCUGGAUCCUAUACGCGGACCACGAGAUGACGAACUCGACCGCCGCCGUUCUCCACGCAGGAUCCACACUAAUCGACCCCGUGUCCGCCGUAACAGCAGGGAUAAUAUGCGGGUACGGCCCGCUACACGGGGGCGCGAUCGACCUAGCGUACGAAGCGUUCCGACACAUCGGGACAGCGGAGCGGGUGCCGCCGUUCAUCGAGCGGAUCAAGGCGAAGGGGGGCCGGCUAUUCGGGUACGGCCACCGCGUGUACAAGACGCGGGACCCGCGUGUGGCGCUGAUCGAGGAGUUGUUGGAGGAGCACCGCGACGCCGUGGAGGCGAAUCCGCUGCUGAGGGUUGCGAUGGCCAUCGAUCGCUACGCGAACCAGGAUCCGUAUUUCGUCGAGCGCGGGCUGAAGGCUAAUGCGGAUCUUAUGGGGUGUUUUCUUUAUACCGCUAUGGGCUUCGACACGGACAUGAUCAUCGCCAUUACCAUUCUCUCCCGGACUCCGGGCGCGUUGGCGCAUUGGCGCGAAAGUCUGACACAACCGGUGAAGCUUUGGCGGCCACAGCAGAAGUAUAACCCGCCGCUGGCAAACUAGGAGGGUUACCUGCGAGAGAUAAGGGCAAUCUGGGAGGGUUCAAAGGGGCUUGGCGUAAUGGUAGGUAGGUAGGUGUAUUAUAUCAUAGUUGAAUGAACCUGGUUACUACUAGGUACCUAUGAGUUCAUUGGUG